AUGUCUGAAUCUAGCAGACACAGUUUAGCGAAUAAUGUCGACGAACUAGUCAGGGAUUCCAAGGUUCUCCGCCAAUUUAAGCGGGAUAGUUCAACAAAAUAUCGACAGGCGAGAAAAGAUCUUGAUGACAUGAUGAAGACACUCGAUGCUCAGAGUAAGCAAGAUCGGGAAUCUGUUGAACGGUUGUGGCUUAGAAUUCCCAGAUUGAAUGCGGCCAAGAUCCAAGCACACGCGAAUGACGAUCUUGGAUUAUGCAAUGAAAUUGAUGAAGAGCUUAAAGCUAUUCAAAUUCAAGUUGAAGAACUUGCUCUCGGGAUAAACAGUAUGGAGAGGGAUAUAACCGAAAUAUCCAAUUUAUUGACUGAACAAUGA